AAUAAAAACAAAACAGCCUCAUCUCCACCUCAAAAUAGAAACGAAACAAAACUUCCAUCUCAAAAUAAAAACGAAACGACUCAAGUUCCACCUCAGAAUAAAAACGAAACUCAACUUCCGCCUCAGAAUAAGAACGAAACAGCCUCACCUCCACCUCAAAAUAAAAACGAAACGCAACUUCCCUCUCUGAAUAAAAACGAAACAACUAAGCUUCCAUCUCAGAAUAAAAACGAAACUGCCCCACCUCCACCUCAGAAUAAAAACGAAACUGCCCCACCUCCACCUCAAAACAAAAAUGAAGCUCAACUUCCACCUCAGAAUAAAAACGAUGCAGCUCAGAAUAAAAACGAAACCAAUAACUUUCCGAUGAACAAGAAUGAUUCAUUCCGUAAACAAAAUGCGAUAGAUGCGGUUGCUUUAGAGGAAGUUUUUAAAUCUUUAACUGCGAAUUCAAGAUGUACUGAGGGCCAGAAUGCUUGCGUUGAAGAUAAAGUUGCUACUUGUGUUGGUGGAAACUUUAUCUUAUCAAAAUGCAUGAACAAAAUGAAGUGUCAUGUGUUGCCACUAGUAAACAAGCCCGGAACGACAGUUGCGUGUGAUACUGAUGAGAAUAGAAACGCACUCAUCAAAGACGCUCUUAAGUCAUGA